AACAAGGUUUGUAGCCCUGAAUUUAUUACACUUAUUCUGUCCUAUUCAACAAGAUCAAAUGUAACUUUUUCUUUGGACCAAAAUACUUUAAGUUGCACACAUUCACCAUAUUACAAGUGUGUCAAACUUGGUACACUGACCAAUGUGCAAGAUUCAGUGAACCAGUCAGAAAAUUAGGCAUGCAUUAUGUGAGGUUGAGAAUUUAAUAAGAAUGCUUGUGUCUGGAUCUCCAGGUGGAAAUCUGAAUAACAAUCAUUUCUCUUCACCAAAUACAAAGAAGUUCAGACCGUCAUUUGAGGGAGAGAGUGGUCCUUCCCAAGAUGAACGCUAUAGCUCUUCACCACAACUGGAACCAUCUAAACCAAGCAGUCCUAUCUGGAGGCAGCAGCAACAGCAGAAGCAGCAUCAACAGCAGGAACCUCUAAGGAAACCAAAACGAGAAAAAACGCCUCCUGAAAACGAUACUCGGGAUGAUAACUCACUGUCAGCCCAAGAGUGGCCACCUAGUUUGAGGGAGUAUGUCCAGAGAGCAUUUGAAAAGUGUGAAACAGAGACUGAUAAGGAUCAAACAGAGCAGUUUCUAAAAAAUAUGCUGACUACAGCAUUUAAAGAUGGCACUGCCUGGGUGAUUGACUGGGACAAAGAACCCUUACCUAGCUUCAAGAGAUCACCCCAAGAGGAUAAAAAGCUGCCCAGAUGGCAUCCGUCGAGGAGGAGAUCUCCCCCACCAACUCGUAGGAGAAAAGAAAGAAGCAGAAGUCGGUCACGUUCCAGAAGUCGCAGUAGGAGUAGAAGCAGAAGUGUGAGUCCUGAGAAUAAGACAAGGACAAAGGCAUUUGAUCCUAAACGACUGGGAAAGAAAUCUCCUAAACCAAAGAGUAAAGGAGGAAAAACUCAGAAGGGAAAAAAGAAUGCUAAAGGGUCACAAAUAGCAUAUACUGUGAAUGUUGAUCCAGAGGCACAAGAAAAAAUACAGAAACGUGCAGAGAGAUUCAAGUCAUCUUUAAUGCCCCAGCGGUCAGCAGCAACUAGUAUUUUAAACAGUAUUCAUGCCAUGUCAUUUGGUGAAGAUGGGGAAGAAAUGGACUGGAGUAAAUACCAUGUGGUUGGGACCUGUGAAGACUUAGAAAAGCCUUAUCUUAGGCUUACUUCAGCUCCAGACCCCUCAACUGUUCGUCCUGUGGAAGUACUACGCAAGUCUAUGGAAAACAUCAAAAACCGUUGGAAAGAAACUCAAGACUAUGCUUAUGUUUGUGAGCAGCUUAAGUCUGUUCGUCAAGAUCUUACGGUGCAAGGAAUUAGGGAUUCAUUUACAGUUCAAGUCUAUGAGACUCAUGCUAGGAUAGCCUUAGAGAAGGGAGACCGUGAAGAGUUCAACCAGUGCCAGACACAGCUGAAAGCCCUGUAUGCUGAGAACUUGCCGGGAAAUAUUUUAGAAUUCACUGCGUAUAGACUACUGUACUACAUACUCACCAAAAACACCUUGGAUCUGACCACUGCUUUAGCACGUUUAACCAAAGACGAGAAGGAAAAUCCGGCAAUAAGACAUGCAUUGUUAAUACGCUCAGCUUGGGCUCUGUCUAAUUAUCACACUUUUUUCCAGCUCUACUUGAGUGCACCCAACAUGUCAGGCUAUCUUUUAGAUCUCUUUGUACAGCGUGAAAGAGUCCAAGCCCUGAAGACCAUGGUUAAAUCGUACCGCCCCUCAGUAGCUGUCUCCUUCGUUGAAUCCGAGUUAGGUUUCACUGAAGAUGAGCAGUGUCUGAAGUUCUUACAAGAUCUAGGCGUUGUCUUCACCGCAGAUGGAAGCAAGAUCGACUGUAAGCAGUCCCAAGGAGUCGUCGGCGCCAGCUGAACAGACCCGUCCCGUCCCGGGCCCCCUUGUUUCGACCCGACAAGUCGUCGAUUAGUUAGGAAAUAUCAAUUAACUUUCAGUUAAGCGAAUAUGCAGUAGGCUUUGCCUUCGAUUAGGCCCACUUCAUAUUUGCUACUAGGUGUUUCCUGGUCUGGUCAAGUCAAGAGAUAUGUUUAGGUUGUCUGUUUUAAUUCAUUUGUAAAUACUAGAAGAACUAUCGUAGAACUCGCGUCGACUUUUGCGAGUAUAACAUCAGCCGUAAGUAUUGUACUGUAGUAGUAGUAUUAAACUGCUUUGCAAGUGUGUAGCGGUUGUGCGAGAAGAUGAAGUGCCGUAUGUGGACGCUGCUGAUGUUGCUGAUCCUGACUACACUCCUUUGUCAGCCUUUCUCUCUUGCAGGCCACAACAAGCAAGAUUUCAAGCCUUAUUCCUCAAGAUGGCCGACCGGUCUGUAUACCAAGUACAAGAAAAAGAUUGUGUAUUUAUAAUAUUUGGUAAAUAAAUAAAUGGGAGAUUUUAUGUA